AUGUCCUUACAGAAUACUUCAAUCAAAGUAACACACUUUAUUAUAGGUGGAUUUGACACAGUUAAAAGGCCUGUUGCUGUUGGUGUGGGUAUGCUGAUAACCUAUCUAAUUGCUGUUAUUGCCAAUGUGCUAAAUAUUGUCUUCAUUAUUUUUGACAAGAAAUUGCAUAAACCAAUGUAUCUUCUGAUUUGCAACCUUGCUGUUGUUGACUUACUGUAUACCUCCAGUACUUGUCCAACAAUGAUUGGGGUUCUACUUGCUGGAGUUAAUACCAUAUCUUAUGUCAGUGGUUCCCAAACUUUUUUUCUGUCUAUUUUCAACUGGGCAGGAGUGAUGGUGUCGUUUGCUUUAGUACUUAUGGCAUUUGAUAGAUUAAUUGCUAUAAUUUAUCCUUUUCAGUACCACAGUUAUAUGACAAAUACACGUACUCUGGUUCUUACAUACAUUCUGUAUGUUGCUGCAUUUGGUGUUGUUGCUAUUAUGCCUGCAACUGCAGCUACACUUCCUUACUGUACCUCAAGGAUGAAAGAUAAGACGAAAAUGGCAAGCACCUGCGUGAGUCACUUGAUUGUAGUAACAUGUUAUUACUCUCCUUUAUUUGUUCUCAUUGCCUUGACCAGAGUGGGUGUGGUAUUAACACUUGAGGAACGUCAGGGUUUAUUGAUUGGGAACAUCCUUGGGCCAGCUGUUGUAAAUCCUUUUGUGUACUGUUUCAGGACAAAAGAAAUUAAAAAUAAGAUCUUUAAGAUAUUCACAAAAAAGGCUGACCUAUCUGACUAG